CGAGGGGGCGGGCGGCGAGCAGGGCCGCCCCCGGCCCCACGUGGCUCGGGGGACACGCGGGUUUAUAAAGCGCCGGUGCGGGAGGCGGCGGCGGCGCCGGCCGCAGCGGGGCUCGAACCCGCGGAGCUCGGAUGCGCCCGGCGGCUGCAGCGGGGCCGCGGCCGCCCGCGGGCCAUGGAGCUGCCCAUGGCUGUGCCCUCGGAUGCGCCCGCGGAGCUGCCCUCGGUGCUGCCCUCGGUGCUGCCCUCGGUGCUGCCCGCCGCCACCGCCGCCCCCUGGGGCAACGGCAGCGCCUGGGCCACCCUGCCCGGGCACGGCGUCAACGACACGGGCCUGCAGCGGGCCAGGAGCGCCACGUCCAUCCUCAUCGCCGUCGUCAUCACCGCGCUCUACUCGGUGGUGUGCGUGGUGGGGCUGCUGGGCAACGUCCUGGUCAUGUACGGCAUCGUCAGGUACACCAAGAUGAAGACAGCCACCAACAUUUACAUCUUCAACCUGGCUCUGGCUGAUGCAGUGGCCACCAGCACCCUGCCCUUCCAGAGCGCCAAGUACCUCAUGGAGACCUGGCCCUUCGGGCAGCUGCUCUGCAAGGUCGUGCUCUCUAUUGACUACUACAACAUGUUCACCAGCAUCUUCACCCUCACCAUGAUGAGCGUGGACCGCUACAUCGCCGUGUGCCACCCAGUCAAGGCCCUGGACUUCCGCACGCCGGCCAAAGCCAAGAUCAUCAACGUCUGCAUCUGGGUGCUCUCCUCCCUCAUCGGGGUGCCCAUCAUGAUCAUGGCAGUCACCAAGUCAAAAGACGGUGUGGUCCUGUGCACUCUCCAGUUUCCCGACCCUCCCAUCUACUGGGACACUGUGACCAAGAUCUGUGUCUUCAUCUUUGCCUUCCUGGUCCCCAUUCUGGUCAUCACCAUCUGCUACGGGCUGAUGAUCCUUCGCCUGAAGAGCGUCCGGCUCCUCUCAGGCUCCAAGGAGAAGGAUCGCAACCUGCGGCGCAUCACUCGCAUGGUGCUGGUGGUGGUGGCAGCCUUCAUCAUCUGCUGGACGCCCAUCCACAUCUUCGUCAUCGUCUGGACGCUGGUGGACAUAGACAAGAAGAACCCCUAUGUGGUGGCCAGCCUGCACUUCUGCAUCGCUCUGGGCUACACCAACAGCAGCCUCAACCCUGUCCUGUACGCUUUCCUGGAUGAAAACUUCAAGAGGUGCUUCCGAGAGUUCUGCCUGCCUUUCCGAGCCCGUGUGGACCAGAACAGCUUCUCCCGUGCCAGGACCACCACACGGGAGCACGUCUCCACCUGCACCCCUUCUGAGGCCCGCAACAAGCCGGCAUGACUAGAGGUGGGCAGCCCCCAGCGGGGCUGCCGCGCACGCGGAGCAGAUGAGCUGCGCUCAGAAGUCACCCAGGUCACCACCACAGAGCUCUAGCAGAGUGCUGGGCUGGGCACUGCUCCGUAACACUGCUGGGUUUGCAUACAGACUGACUGCAAAAGCUUUUUACGUCCUGAGAAUGAAAAAUGGGAGAAUUGGGACUCACCAAAUGAUGUAGGGAGAGGACAUGAACAAGAGGCAAGUUGGGCAAAUAUGCUCCACUGAUGCCACCGCCUGAACCAACAACACCCCGAGGGGCUGUCACCUUCCAACACAUGGCUCUGGGCAGAGCCCAGGGCACCAGAACUGCAAUGUCCAUGUACUUGUCCUCCUGCACGGGCCAGGGUGACACCACAGCCCAUGGCAAAAGGGGAAACGCUCACAUGGCAGAAAGGAACUGUGCCAGGAGGUGAUCAUAGCAUCACAGAUUUGUUCAGGUUGGAAAAGCCCUCCAAGAUCAUCAAGUUCAACUGUUCCUCUACCACUACAAAGGUCACCACUUGCCCAUGUCCCCAAGUGCCACAUCCACACAGUGAUGGUUAAAUCUCUUCAGUGAUCGUUACUCAACCACUGCCCUGGGCAGCUGUGCCAGGGCUGGACAACCCUUUCAAGGAAGAAAUGUUCCCUAAUAUCCAGCCUAAUCCUCCCUGGAGUGACUUGAGGCCAUUUUCUCUGCCACAUCAUGGGACCUCAUUCCAUCCCCCUCUGAGCUGUGUCCAAAAGACAAAUGGAGAUGGGAAGAAAAACUUAUGCCACUUCAGAGACGCUGUUUUCAAAAAGCUCCAGAUCCAUUGUAAAAAUUCUCCUGGAGUUCCUCAAACUGGGAGUGCUCCCAGAGAAAGCUUUCUACGGUUAAUGUCAUUGUUAGGUUAGUGUUAUUUAGAGACCUCUGACUGCAGCUAAGGCUGCCCUGGACAUGGAUGUGAUGCUGGACUGGAAAACUGGGGACAAAUCCUAGUGCAGGCAAACAGCCCUGGGAGAUCCUGCCCUGACCGGGCCAUGCUGUAUCCAGGAUGCUCAGAGGGAACUCUUUGUGUACUUUUAUAAAUAUAUAUGUAUAUCUAUAGCUGUAUGAAAUUAAAGUGACCCCAAGGCCUCCCGUCACACCUCCCACUACAGCAGCUGCUCCACGUGUGAUGGAGCUGAAUAUGCCGCAUCCAUAGCAUCUCACAAAGUGCUUCAGACACUAUUUCCAGCUCCAGCCCUUGGGAUAUUUGCCUUACAGUGGCAUUUCUGUACAGGAGCCCUGCUUUCUAAAAAUUAAACUAAAAUAAAAUCAGAAAUAGGAAGCA